AUGGUUGAAGGUUCCUCUAACCCUCAUUCAGAUUAUGACACUGAGGUUGUGAAAAAGUCUUUGAAGUCAAGAAGAUUGAUAUUUAACUUCAGCAACCAACCUUUGACUUCUCCUAAAUAUGGUAAUCUUACCUUUUUCCCAUCUACUAGUUUCAAUUUUAAACUAUUUCUCAAUCAUCAAAAGAUUAGUGGUUUCAUUGAGGAUUUUGGUUAUGUGUACCCUGGCCUAGUUAAAGAGUUCUAUGUAAAUCUGAAAAUUUCAAAUGAUUGUAUUGUCUCCUCUCUUGUUAAUAACAAAGAGAUUUUGUUAACAUUAGAGGAAUUUGGAGAUUGUUUGGGUAUUCCUUAUGCAGGUGAUUGUAUCAAACACAAAUAUGUUUGUGGUGCUGGGGAAUUCAAGCAGUAUAAUGAAUGGGUUUUUUAA